AUGGGUGACUUAUUUUUUAAUAACAGCAUUGGCAUUUAUGAAACUAAAUCAACUGAUAAUAUGGUUAAACAACACAAAAUGUUGAAAAAGAGUAUAAAAAAGGUGAAAGGAUGUCAUUGUUAAAAGUUAGAUAGAAAUAAAAAAUAUAAAAUAUAAUCACCAGAUGAAUCUUCAAAUGACAUAGAUGGCUGGGAAGAAGAAGAAGAUUAUUAAAAAUAAUUAGAAAAAAGAAGAAAUAACAAAGAGUUUGUUGAUUUAGUUUAGUAUGCAUCUUAGCUUGAAUGCAUAAUAAAUUUUGCAAAAUAAUAACUUAAAGAAUUAGAAGAAACUAUGCAUUCAAAUCAUGCAAUAAAUUGA